UUGAUACCUACUCCCUUAGUCUUCCCCCGCACGCGCACACACAUACAACGACAGCAACCCGCUUAAUAUAACCCCAUAUACUCGCACAGCUCAUUUCCACAGACUGCACACAUGGGCCGCCGCAAAGAAACAAUCACAUACUCGCCCAGCACAUUCUCCACAUCUGUGCGCCCCGGGAGCGCCAGCGCGGGGCUCGAGUUUGCCACGCCAGGUGACGGCGUGGUUGAGCACUACCGGCCACGCGUCUCGUACUAUAUGCGCGAGCAGGCUGGCAAUUUCCACUACGGGAAGCUGCACCCAAUGAAGCCGCACCGGCUCACGCUUACUAACCACCUGGUAUUAAACUACGGUCUACACAAGUACAUGGACGUGUUUGAGCCGCGGCGCGCAACCGAGGAGGAGAUCCGGCAGUUCCAUGCAGAGGACUACAUUGACUUUCUGAAACGCGUUACGCCCGACACACAGGGACAAUUCCAAGAGUGCUUUGCGCAGUUCAAUAUUGGCGAUGACUGUCCAAUUUUUGACGGCAUGUGGGAUUUCUGCCGUAUCUAUUCUGGUGCGAGCAUCGAAGCCGCCAGAAAGCUUAUCUCAGGCUCGUGCGACAUCGCCGUCAACUGGAUGGGCGGUCUGCACCAUGCCAAAAAGUACGAGCCUAGCGGGUUCUGCUAUGUCAAUGACAUUGUCCUAGCUAUUCUGCAGCUGCUGCGGUACUACCCGCGGGUGCUUUAUGUGGACAUUGACAUACAUCACGGCGACGGCGUGCAGGAGGCCUUCUAUACGACUGACCGGGUCAUGACGGUCAGCUUCCACAAGUACAACGGCGAUUUCUUCCCGGGUACCGGCGCCAUCGACGAAAUGGGCUCGGGACUGGGCAAAUUCUACGCCGUCAAUGUGCCUUUGCAGGACGGCAUCGACGACCGCUCGUAUACGCAGCUGUUCAAGACGGUAAUGACAUCGGUCAUGGAGACGUUCAAGCCUGGCGCCGUUGUUCUGCAGUGCGGCGCAGACUCGCUAGGUCUUGACCGCCUGGGUGUGUUUAAUCUGUCGAUUGCCGCCCACGGCGAAUGCGUAAGGUUUAUGCGGCGGUUCGGUGUGCCCAUGAUGGUCAUCGGCGGCGGUGGGUACACGAUCCGCAAUGUCGCACGCUGUUGGACCAACGAGACCGGCAUUGUGUGUGGAGUCGAGCUGCCGAGCGAGCUGCCAAACAACGUGUAUCACGAAUUUUUUGCGCCUGACUAUAGCCUGCAUCCGCAGCUCUCGGGUCGCGUCAUCAACCACAACUCAAGGGCAUAUUUGAAUGCGCUAACAGCCCGUAUUCUCGAGCAGCUGAGGUAUUUGAAGGGUGCGCCGUCGGUACAGAUGCAAGAAGCCCCACCAGAUAUUCAGGGGUUCUUGGAGGACCAGGAAAAGCAUCAAAAGGAGGUGGAUGCAGAUCGGCUUGGUGACAUAAAGGAUGACCGAAGCGGGCGUAGGGAACAUGUGGCAGAGUUGUAUGAGGGCGACGAAGACCAGGACCAGGAUGCUAGUUGACACCUGACAUGCAUGUGGACCAUAUGCUAGGUCGGAUACCAAGUUUUCGAAAAUAGCUUUAUUCUAGAAGACCCAAGUUUAGGGGUGUUGGAAGGAUAUAUUCGGCAACUCUGGAUUUGCAGACUUCAGGGAUUAGGCGAUAUUUGGAUGCAUUGGCUCCUCAUAUUUUGUCGGUACAUGAUGCUUUGCCUGAUAGUGGGUGACAAGUACAUGCUAAUCGAUUAUGAUGCAGCUGUAUCUGAUCAGCGCAUUCAAACAAAGCGCCACAGCCACAACAAGGUCACGCACCUACUGACAGUCCAUGUGCUCAGUGCUGGCUGCUUCUUCGAUUCAGA